AUGUUCCAACCGCAAGAUACCGCAAGACCAACCGAAGAAACAUUAUCGCCAAACCAUCAACUACAUCAAGACACAACAAAAACAACCGAAGGAUUGGAAUCUCCAUUACAUGAGCAACUGUUCCAAAGUACUACAACACACAGAUCAAUAUCUCAAGAACAUCAAGAAACAGAUGAAAAUGCUGCAUUACGCGCACAAAUACGUAACUAUCGUGAACAAAAUGUGGAACUAAUUCAAAGUUUUCAAAAUUUGAAUGAAGAAUUGAAAAGAAAAAAGAUCGAUUCAUUCGAAGUAUUGACUGAACAAGACAAAGAAAUGAAGAAAAUUUUUAUUGAAUUAGCUCGUUUAACUCAACCAAUGCCAAUGGAAGGUUGUAAUAUUGGUUUAUUUGGUUUGACAUCAACAGGCAAAUCAACAAUGCUAAAUGCUAUUAUUGGCCAAAAGCUCGCCGAAACUGGUGUUGGUGAAACAACAAGAAAUAUCGUAUCAUAUCAAAGUCCAAACUUUACACUAUGGGAUGUUCCUGGUCGAAAUGAUGAAAUGACUUAUAUGACUAUGGAAUAUAUUUCAUUUUUCAAAGGUCUCUCGAAACGUUUGAUUUUAAUUGAAGCAACAGUCAAAGAAAAUUCCAGUAUGAUGAAACUCUUCGAUGAACUUGAAUUACGUUAUGCGAUUGUUUUCAAUAAAUUUGACAAAGUUGACGAUGAAGAACAGCAACAAAUUCAACAACAGAUUGGACAUGAAAUUAAAAUACUCGAUAAUCAUAUUCUUGAAAUAAUCUGGAAUCAACCAAUAUUAAAUCAAAAAAAUUCUAACAUACAUCGUUGUUUAUAUUCAAGUGUUUCACUUCAAACAUAUCCAACAUCAAAAAAUGUAUCAUGUGCAAGAUAUCACGAUUGUCGAUUUAUUUAUUGGAAUCAAAAUGAUAUUCAACAAGUCAAUCGGGAUGUUCAAUUUAAUAACUAUCUCAAUUAUGAUCAAGAUUUCUAUACAGCAUUAAAUUAUCUUACUGAUUAUGGUCUUGUUUUUAUUGAUUAA